CCCACACCAAAAACUUCAACUCGGCUGCUGUGGACAGCAACCAGGUGGACUCUUGUUUCGCAUUAGCCAAACCACCCCAAGACGAUCAACUUGAACAUAUUUCCGCCAAGUAUGCUUUUCUUCCCAACCUCCCCUUCGACACAACUCUCGAGAAUCGCUAGUUGCAGGUGCUGCGCGACCUUGUGACGUGCCAUCUCAAAACCGCCAUAAUUCUGACCAAGACCUUUCGGGAUCAGCUAGCUACCGCUUGAAGAGUCGAUACGUCCUGAACACCGAAGAUGUCCGACGUUGCGAACCCAGCCACUGGCGCCCCCGAGGGCACGGAGAACACCAGCAGUGUCUCGGAGGCGCAAGUCGAUGGCAAUGUCCCGGACCUGGGAGGCUCCGGCCUUGUUGAGAACAACUACGACGUCGAAGUGAAACUCGGCGAUCUUCAGCAGAACCCCGACAGCAUUCUAUACUCGGCCAAGUCCUUCUCGGAUAUGAAUCUCCCCGAACCCAUCUACAAGGGCUUGCUCAGCUUGAACUAUCAUAAGCCCUCCAAGAUCCAGGAGAGGGCGCUCCCUCUUAUGCUCGCAAACCCUCCGCGUAACAUGAUUGCCCAAUCGCAGUCUGGAACCGGAAAAACCGCGGCGUUCGUCGUCACCGUCCUUUCGCGCAUUGAUCUUAGCCAGAGCCAACAGCCGCAGGCCCUGGUCCUCGCCCCGAGUCGUGAGCUUGCCCGGCAGAUUGAAGGCGUCAUAAACAAAAUUGGAAAGUUCUGCGAGGGCCUCAUAGUGGCCGCGGCGCUUCCCGGAGCUCUCGAGCGCGGUGCGCCUGUCCGGGCCAACGUGAUCGUCGGGACUCCUGGCACCGUCAUGGAUAUCACGCGCCGACGACAGCUCGAUGUCUCGAAACUCCGCGUUCUUGUCAUUGACGAAGCAGACAAUAUGCUCGACCAACAGGGCCUCGGUGACCAGUGUGUCAGGGUGAAGAACUCCCUACCACGGACCAUCCAGAUCCUGCUCUUCUCGGCCACUUUCCCGGACAAAGUUAUGGGCUUCGCGGAGAAGUUUGCCCCAGGGGCUGAUCAGAUUCGUCUGAAGCAGACGGAGCUUACGGUGUCUGGCAUCUCUCAGAUGUAUAUCGAUUGCGACAGUGAAACGGACAAGUACGAAACGCUCGUCAAGCUUUACGGUCUUAUGACCAUCGGAUCGUCUGUCAUUUUUGUCAAGACUCGAGAGAGUGCAAAUGAGAUCCAGAAACGCAUGGAGGCUGAUGGGCAUCGGGUCGCGGCCCUCCACGGCGCCUUCGACGGCCUCGAGCGAGACCGCCUGUUGGAAGACUUCCGAUCUGGGCGGUCGAAGGUCCUGCUCACGACCAAUGUUCUGGCGCGUGGUAUCGACGUAUCCAGCGUUUCGAUGGUCAUCAAUUACGAUAUUCCGAUGAAGGGCCGGGGCGACACGGAGCCUGAUCCCGAGACAUAUCUUCAUCGUAUCGGCCGGACUGGUCGUUUCGGUCGUAUCGGUGUGAGCAUUAGCUUCGUUUCCGACAAGAAGAGCUACACGGCCCUAUCGUCCAUCGCCCAGCAGUACGAGAUCGAUCUGGUGCAGCUUGACACGAGCGACUGGGAUGCAGCGGAGGAGGCGGUGCAAAGAGUGAUCAAGUCGAACCGGGCAAAAGCGACGUUCGCGCCGAGUGCGACGGAUGCGGCUACGGCAAACGGGGGGAACGGCGCCGCGGCUGCAGCCCCGGCUCCUUCUUCUACUACCAGCUAGUGCGGUGGUGUGUUGAGGGGUCGUCCAGGUGUGGCGCCCAGCGCACGUCACACUUGGGAGGGCAGGGCUUGAUUGGGUUGCACCUAGGAAAAUGGCUAGAUUCAGCUGAUUUGGUGUUUGUCGACCUGGGACAAAGGAGUCGGUGUGCCUGUCAGGAGGAAUCAGAUUGGAGUUGACAUGGGGGAGGGGAAGAGGAGGAUUCUAUUCUAGAUUGGGGCGCCAAUGGGUCAUUCUCUCCCGUAUAUUGCCCGAGUUCACGAGGGGACAUGAACAAGAUACCACCAUGUUCGGCAAGUCAAUUUGAGUUAUUUGUUUCGUUCUUUUGCCCCAUGGCUACAAGACAUCGGUGUUACAGCAUGCACGAACCAUCCUGGUGUCUAAUUCUCCAACCGUCGUAAGCUGCGUGCUGCGGCACUACCGGAGACUCUGAUGUAAGUAUGGUUAAGGUCUACGAAUAUGAAAUCAAACUGCGACCCCC